AUGGCACAGCAGCAAAGAGAAUACGUUAGGUUAGAAAAAUUAGGAGAAGGUACAUAUGCUACGGUUUAUAAAGGCAAAGAACGAAGGACGGGAGAAACAGUGGCUUUAAAAGAAAUACAUUUGGAUUCGGAAGAAGGAGCACCUUCGACAGCUAUUAGAGAAAUAUCUUUAAUGAAGGAAUUAAAACAUGCCAAUAUUGUGAAAUUGAAAGAUGUAAUUCAUACAGAAAAUAAGCUUAUGCUUGUAUUUGAAUAUAUGGAUCAAGACCUUAAAAAAUAUAUGGAUAUUCAUGGAAAUCAUGGAGCAUUAAAUUCAAUGACAAUUAAACUAUUUAUGUAUCAAAUGUUAACUGGAAUAGAUUUUUGUCAUGAAAAUAGAGUACUUCAUCGCGAUCUUAAACCUCAAAAUCUUUUAAUUAAUAAAAAUGGUCAACUUAAACUCGCUGAUUUUGGUUUGGCACGUGCUUUUGGAAUUCCUGUAACAACUUUUUCAAAUGAAGUCGUUACUUUAUGGUAUCGUUCUCCCGAUGUACUUUUAGGUUCCAGAUCAUACUCAACUUCAAUUGAUAUAUGGUCUGCGGGCUGUAUUAUGGCUGAAAUGUAUACCGGACGUCCCCUCUUUCCAGGUACUACUAAUGAAGACCAAUUGCUCAAAGUUUUUCGUAUUAUGGGGACUCCAAAUGAACAAACAUGGCAAGGAGUAUCACAAUAUCCAGAAUAUCAUAAACCAUAUCCACAAUAUCCUCCACAAGACAUGAGUGCAUAUCUUCCAAUGAUUGACCGUCAUGGAUUAGAUUUACUUAUGCAAAUGUUAGUUUAUGAUCCUGAUAAAAGAAUCACGGCAAAAAACGCAUUAAAACAUGUUUAUUUCCAAGAUCUAUUGGUUGAUGAAUUUGAUAAUUCCAUUAAUAUGGGUAAUUAUAAUGGAAUUCCACAAAUGGCUCCUCAAAAUACUAUGAGAAUGACUGUACCUCAAAUGACAAUGCAAAUGGGUCCAAUGACAACUGGCGUCAAUAUGCAAGCUCUUAACGUUCAACCUGUUAAUAUGCAUAUGGUCCCUUCCGGUGUAAAUAUGCAAAUGAAUGGAAUGCAAUCAACAGUUCAACCUAUGAUUGUACCUCAAUUAAUGCAAGGUGGUGCUCAAAUGAUGGGUCAUCCUUCUAACGCACCUUCACAAGCACAAAUGAUGCCGCGUGCACCAAGAAAUCAUAUGCACGACAAUUAUGGAAUUGAAUAA